CCAAGCUUCUGCAUGUCUUUACCAUGCAUUCAGACGUUUGAAGCCAAGCUUCUGCAUGUCUUUACCAUGCAUUCAGACGUUUGAAGCCAAGCUUCUGCAUGUCUUUACCAUGCAUUCAGACGUUUGAAGCCAAGCUUCUGCAUGUCUUUACCAUGCAUUCAGACGUUUGAAGCCAAGCUUCUGCAUGUCUUUACCAUGCAUUCAGACGUUUGAAGCCAAGCUUCUGCAUGUCUUUACCAUGCAUUCAGACGUUUGAAGCCAAGCUUCUGCAUAUUGAGAGCCGACCAGGGAGGAAGUCUAAGAACAGUGGCUGUGAUGAUCUGGAGUUCUUUAUGAGGUGUGAAGUGCACAUCUCGGACACAGACAUCUUCAUCAACUCACUCAAGAGAGUCGCCGACGACGUACGCACCACCCCAGAGGAAAAGGUUCCCUGGUUCCCCAGAAAGAUCAGAGAUCUGGAUAAAUGCAACCUGUUGAUAACGAAAUAUGACCCAGAUAUGGACCAGGAUCAUCCAGGUAGUGGAUUCAGUGAUCCAGAAUACAGAAAAAGAAGGUGCUUCAUCGCUGAACUUGCAGCGAAUUACAAACAGGGGGAACCAUUACCCAGAAUGGAGUACACACAAGAGGAGGUGGCCACAUGGAGAGAGGUGUACCGGACCCUGAGGACCAUCUACCCUGACCUGGUGUGCAGACAGUUCCAGGGUGGGCUGCAGCAGCUGGAGAGGGAGUGUGGCUGCGGAGAGGACAGUAUCCCCCAGCUCCGGGAGGUCUCUGCCUUCCUCAGAGAGAAGACAGGCUUCCAGCUGUGUCCGGUGACAGGGCUACUCUCCGCCAGAGACUUCCUAGCUAGCCUGGCCUUCAGAGUGUUCCAGUGUACCCAGUACAUCCGCCACGCCUCCCACUCCAUGCACUCCCCGGAGCCAGAUUGCUGUCACGAGUUACUCGGCCAUAUUCCUAUGCUUGCAGACAAAAAAUUUGCCAAGUUUUCCCAGGAAAUUGGCCUUGCCUCACUGGGAGCGUCAGACGAGGAUAUUGAGACUCUCAACCUUGUACUGGUUCACGGUGGAGUUUGGACUGUGUAAGCAGAAUGGAACUGUGAAGGCAUUCUGAGACUAAGUAGACAGGUUGGAAAGUCUGGUCUGGAGGCCUCUCCAUAUGAGGCCUCCUGUCCUCAUAUGGAGAACUCAUUAAUGCUCUCUCUAACGAACCUGAGUACAAGCCAUUCAACCCAGAGGAGACAGCAAUCCAGCCUUACCAGGACCAGACUUUCCAACCUGUCUACUUUGUCUCAGAAAGCUUUGAGGAUGCCAAGAUUAAGAUGAAGUACAUCAAUGCAUACAAGUGGUGUAUGUCUAUAUGUGAGCACGUCACAGGAAAUGUGUAACUUUUUUAUCUUACCUUUAUGUAACUAGGCAAGUCAGUUAAGAACAAAUUCUUAUUUUCAAUGACGGCCUAGGAACAGUGGGUUAACUGCCUGUUCGGGGGCAGAACGACAGAUUUGUACCUUGUCAGGUCAGGGAUUUGAACUUGCAACCUCCCGGUUACUAGUCCAGCGCUCUAACCACGAGGCUACCCUGCCACCCCUAUGUGGCGUAUUUGGGUUUGAGUUGAUCUUGUCGCUCCUGGACACGGUGUUGCAGGGGUUUUGGAGAGGAGCCAGUGGGAACCUUAGGGGAUCUGAGGACACAGAAGCAAAUCAGAUUGAAGGCAGCUGUUUAGGAGUUACUCGUAAUUAGUAUAUUACGUUUUGUAAUAUUUUAAGGUAAUCUAAAUGAGCAGAGUAUGGAUGGACAUAGAGCAGGGAUGGGCAACUUCAGUCCUCGGGGGCCGGACUGGUGUCACACUUUUACCCCAUCCCAAGCACAAACAGUCAAAUUGCAUUCUGAACUGAAGAUCAUGGUUAGUUGAUUAUUGGAGUCAGGUAUGUUAGCUAACACAUCAUUAUGACAGAGAUGAGAUGACGUGAGGAGACACUCAGAGUCUAUACUUGCGAACAUUUCAAUUUAACCCAUAAGAGUUUAAGCCCCGUCUAAAUUGGGGGAGGAUGUACUACUAAUCUACAGUUGGUCCCAUGGUGUUUAUAUUUGCGUACUAUUGUUUGCACAGAUGAACGUCGCACCUUCAGGCGUUUGGAAAUUGCUCCCAAGAAUGUACCAGACUUGUGGGGGUUUAAUUUUUAUUUCCCCAUGAUGUCAAGCAAAGAGGCACUGAGUUUGAAGGUAGGCCUUGAAUUACAUCCACAGGUACACCUCCAAUUGACUCAAAUGAUGUCAAUUAGCCUAUCAGAAGCUUCUAAAGCCAUUAAAUAAUUUUCAGGAAUUUUCCAAUCUGUUUUGAGGCACAGUCAACUUAGUGUAUGUAAACUUCUGACCCACUGGAAUUGUGAUACAGUGAUUUAUAAGUGAAAUAAUUUGUCUGUAAAAAAAUGACUUGUGUCAUGCACAAAGUAGAUGUCCUAACCGACUUGCCAAAACUAUAGUUUGUUAACAAGAAAUUUGUGGAGUGGUUGAAAAAAGAGUUUUAAUGACUCCAACACAAGUGUAUGUAAACUUCCGACUUCACCAUGCAGCCGUCAUACGGCUCAGGAAGGAGACGUGUUCUGUCUCCUAGAGAUGAACGUACUUUGGUGCGAAAAGUGCAAAUCAAUCCCAGAACAACAGCAAAGGACCUUGUGAAGCUGCUGGAGGAAACGGGUACAAAAGUGUCUAUAUUCACAGUAAAACAAGUUCUAUAUCCACAUAACCUGAAAGGCUGCUCAGCAAGGCAAGGAAGAAGUCACUGCUCCAAAACCACUACAGAAAAAGUCAGACUAUGGUUUGCAACUGCACAUGGGGACAAAGAUCGUUCUUUUCGGAGAAAUUACCUCUGGUCUGAUGAAACAAAAUUAGAAAUGUUUGGCCAUAAUGACCAGUGUUAUGUUUGGAGGGAAAAGGGGGAGGCUUGCAAGCCGGAGAACACUAUCCCAACCAUAAAGCAUGGGGGUGGCAGCAUCAUGUUGUGGGGGUGCUUUGCUGCAGGAGGGACUGGUGCACUUCACAAAAGAGAUGGCUUCAUGAGGAGGAAAAUUAAGUGGAUAUAUUGAAGCAACAUCUCAAGACAUCAAUCAGGAAGUUAAACAUAGAAAAUCUUCGGAGGGAGUUGAAAGUUCGUGUUGCCCAGCAACAGCCCCAAAACAUCACUGCUCUAGAGGAGAUCUGCAUGGAGGAAUGGGCCAAAAUACCAGCAACAGUGUGGGAAAACCUUGUGAAGACUUACAGAAAACGUUUGACCUCUGUCAUUGCCAACAAAGGGUAUAUAACAAAGUAUUGAGAAACUUUUGUUAUUGACCAAAUACUUAUU